AGUGAAAUCUUGCAACUUCAGUUAGACGGGAGGAGGGAGCUCUUCACAGUUCCAACUCAAUUGCUUGAUUUAACUUUAGAAAUUUAAAUGCUACUUGGAAUUUAUUAUACACUAUGAAUGGGAAAAAGGGAAGGUGCUAUUCAGCCUGCUGGGGAACCCACUUUCACUCUCAUGAACCAGGCAGCCUGUGGAGUUCACAAACGCCAAAAGUAGUUGCAAGUCUUUCAUAUCUUACUGCUUCGGGUGUUUUGUAUGAUUGGUAGCUGCCACAGCUUCCACUUUGCCAGACAAAUACAUUUCUUAUGUGACCAGGGAACAUGUGCAUAUGACCCUUCAGAACAAUGUAUUUGUACUGAAAUGGUAACAGCAGUUGGUUUGAUUCUAUAUCCUUAAAGAGACACUCCUGAAAGGGUGGUGAUUCCAGAAAAGAGGCACCUAAGUUAUUUGUAUUCACUGCCUAUAUGAAUUAAUUUUUCACCUGAAAACAUAUGUUGCUUUUAACAUGACCUACAGUUUCACAGGAUUAAAAGCCGAGAUUGAGGACUUCUCCAAGCUUGUGGAAGUUCUCUUUCCUUUUCCAAAUUUGUGUGGCUUUGACAGUAUCAGCAAUGUUUGUUUGCUAAGAAACACUGCCAGCUCUUUCAGCCACCCUGGUGGGGCUGGCCCAGCUCCAACCAGCCCAUAUGAGGUCAUGAGCUCUGGGGUGACUGAAUUCAGUGUCUCGCCUCCAUGGAGACAGAACCUCACAGCAGGAGUGAUAACAAACAGACAGGGGAAAGAAAAUACCUGGAUCCAAGGUAGCAACAGCAGUGGGAGAGUACGGGAUAGUGGAGACAGAACUGAUGUCCGUACUGAUGGUCACUACUACACAGCUCUGAAACUCUACCUGCUUCACAGGGGCUCCAUGGCUCAGGAUGAGAGAGGAGCAGGGAUGGCCAACUCUACAGGUGAUCUAGAGACAGGCAAAGACAUGGAUGAUCUGACAAAAGGCCUGGAAGAACUCUGUGAUAUCUCUAAGGAGAGGAGGGAGAAAGCACUGCUGCUUUUACAUCUAGAAGAGCAGCAUCAUCUUAUGUCUAUGCUGACAAAGAAAGCAGAUGACACACAAAAACGCUGCAGAGCCCUGGAGCAGCUCAACAUGGAGCUGGAGAAACUAAGGACAGAGGCUGCUCUGAAAAUUAAAACUCAAACCCUGCAGAUUCAGCAUUUGGAGGGGCGCUUCAUGGAUCUGGCCAACAACCAUGAAAAGAUGAUCCAGUUCAAGAAUGAACACAGGAAACAGCACAUGCAGCUGUGGGAGGAGAACAAGCGCCUUCGGCAGGAGAAGGAAGUGCUCUUCAGCCAGGCUGUGAGGGAGAAGGAAGCUGAAGUGCUCCGGCUGGCUGCCCAGGCCAGGAAGCUCUCACAGCAGUUAUACUCCCUGCAGGAGAAACAUACUUAUGAGAGUUGCAGAGCCCAGGAGAGAGAAAAGGAGCUGCUAGAAGCUCAGAGCCACCACGCAGGUGCCUACAGCCGGGAAGUGGAUUCACUGAAGAAGCAGCUGCAACUUCUACAGGAGAGGCACCAACAAGCUGUUGCAAGGGCAGAGCAGGCAGAAAGUCAGCAGAGGGCUCAGAGCACUGAACUGUGGGCUGAGCUGGAGAGGGCACACAAGGAAAAAGAGCAGCUAUUGAACCUGGCCAUGGAGAGGGGCAAAGCUCUGCAAGAUAAGGAACGGGAGAUUCAGCAGCUGGGGGAGAAGCUGGAGGUUGCGGAAGAAGCCAUGCUGAGAGCAGGAAGGUGCUAUGAGAAGGAGGCAGCAGCAGUGGACAAAGAUCUGAAGGUCCAACAGCUCCAAGGACAGCUGGAAAGCAGCAAGCAGGCGUACAAUGAGCUCUCUCUGCGGUUCGAUGCUUACAGAAAGCACAGCAUGGACUUGCUGACUAAAGAAAAGAACCUGAAUGUCAAACUCCGUCACUUUGUUGCAUAACUGCAUCGUUUUCCACUGUCCUCUCCUUGGCAGGUGCCUCUGUGGCAACACAUCACUGCAUUUUGUUCCUUUCCAUGGGGCCAUCUUCUGGAUUCUUUGUAAUAUCCUCACCAGUUUAAACCUCCCUACAAGGACUGGUUUUUGUCAUUACACUUUUACCUAAGUAAAUCUCUACAUUGUUAAA